GGACGGCGUCUCGGUGCGCACUGCGCGGGGAGCGGAGCGCGGCCGCCCGCGGAGCCCCAGCCGAGCCGAGCGCAGCCGAGCCCGGCGCAGCGCCGCCGGCCCCGCGCCCGCAGCCAUGCCGGCCGGCCGCGCCGCGCGCACCUGUGCGCUGCUCGCCCUCUGCCUCCUGGGCAGCGCGGCCCAGGAUUUCGGGCCGACGCGCUUCAUCUGCACCUCGGUGCCGGUGGACGCGGACAUGUGCGGCGCGCCCGUGGCCGCCGGCGGCGCCGAGGAGCUCCGGAGCAACGUGCUGCAGCUCCGCGAGACCGUGCUGCAGCAGAAAGAGACCAUCCUGAGCCAGAAGGAGACCAUCCGCGAGCUGACCACCAAGCUGGGCCGCUGCGAGAGUCAGAGCACGCUGGACACCGGCGCCGGCCGCAAGCAGCCCGGCUCGGGCAAGAACACCAUGGGCGACCUGUCCCGGACGCCGGCCGCCGAGACGCUCAGCCAACUCGGGCAAACUUUGCAGUCGCUCAAAACCCGCCUGGAGAACCUCGAGCAGUACAGCCGGCUCAACUCCUCCAGCCAGACCAACAGCCUCAAGGAUCUGCUGCAGAGCAAGAUCGAUGACCUGGAGAGGCAAGUGCUGUCCCGGGUGAACACGCUGGAGGAGGGCAAGGGGGGCCCCCGGAACGACACGGAGGAGCGGGUCAAGAUUGAGAGCGCCCUGACCUCCCUGCACCAGCGGAUCAGCGAGCUGGAGAAAGGCCAGAAGGACAACCGCCCCGGAGACAAGUUCCAGCUCACGUUCCCCCUGCGGACCAACUACAUGUACGCCAAGGUGAAGAAGAGCCUGCCGGAGAUGUACGCCUUCACCGUGUGCAUGUGGCUGAAGUCCAGCGCCGCGCCCGGCGUGGGCACGCCCUUCUCCUACGCCGUGCCCGGCCAGGCCAACGAGCUGGUCCUCAUCGAGUGGGGCAACAACCCCAUGGAGAUCCUCAUCAACGACAAGGUGGCCAAGCUGCCCUUUGUCAUCAAUGACGGCAAGUGGCACCACAUCUGCGUCACCUGGACCACCCGGGAUGGGGUCUGGGAAGCCUACCAGGACGGCACCCAGGGCGGCAAUGGCGAGAACCUGGCGCCCUAUCACCCCAUCAAGCCGCAAGGCGUGUUGGUGCUGGGCCAGGAGCAGGACACCCUGGGUGGCGGGUUCGACGCCACCCAGGCGUUCGUGGGGGAGCUGGCCCACUUCAACAUCUGGGACCGCAAGCUGACCCCGGGGGAGGUGUACAACCUGGCCACCUGCAGCGCCAAGGCCCUGUCCGGCAACGUCAUCGCCUGGGCCGAGUCCCACAUCGAGAUCUACGGGGGGGCCACCAAGUGGACAUUCGAAGCCUGUCGCCAGAUCAACUGAGCCGCCGGCGGGCCGCGCCUCCCACCCCUCGGCCCCCACGCCCCCCGCCCGCCUCCUCUGCUUGUGCGGCGACCACCCGUCAUCUGUGCGCCCCCGCCCCCACCGCGGAACGACUCCCGGCCGUGGCCCCCCCGCUCACACGCCCACGCCCACCGCCCGGUUCGGUCCCGGUGGCCCGGGAGGCAGGCCUGGCUCCCGCCGGUCCCCGAGAAGGGGCCCUUUCCCCGAGAUCCCCGCCCGGUUGCCCCGGGCAGGCCGUGCCGAUGGCGCAGGCGACGUGGCUUUCCGAACAACGCAGAAGUAGGUGAGAGGGCCGCGUGCGUGUGCGUGUGCACACGCGUGCGUGGGAAUGUGCGUCUCUGGGGAGACCUUCUCUUGUAGAACGAGGCAUCUCCUUCCCUUCUUCCUUCGUGGCUUCGGGAACCCUGGUGGCCGGUCGGCGCCGGUCUGCACCGCCCGCGCCUCGGGGCGGGCCGCCGCCUCCGCCCCACGCAUGCGUCUUCGCUAGCGGAGCGCGUGCUGAGCCGCGCGUCUCCGAGUCGUUGGCGUGAAUGUCUGUUCGUGGUUUGUCGAAGGCCGGCGGGGAGCCCGUCCACGGCCGUGUUUUAGUUCACGGCAGAAGUGGGUUUUCUCGGAGGGCGGGAGGCAGGCAGUGUCCUGGGGGGGCACCAGGAGCCAGGGGGCAGCAGAGGUGGGAGGAGCACCCUGCUGCGGGCAUCGGAGGGCGGGGCCGGGCCCCGGGCGCCUUCACAGCCCCGAGCCCGGGACCCGUCCUCCCUUCCAGCCGCCAGCUCGCUUGCUGCGGCACUGGUGCCCCUGAGAGAGGAGCGCCCCCCACAGCCAGGAAGCCAGCCCCCCAGGCCCCCCGUUUGCCUCUGGUAGUAGAAGCCCAGAGGCUUCAGGGAAUCAGCGCGAGAGGGAAAUGCACGCUCCGAGGAAGACGCAGCCACGCGGCCCCGACAGCCAUGUUCCUCCCACAUCGGGGCCCAGGAGGCUGGCUCGCCCAGGUCCCCAGGGGGCAGGGUGCCUGGGACCUCUCACGGGGAGCCAGGCUGCAGGGCCGGCCAGGCCCUGAAACCCACCCCCGCUGCCCGUCACCGGCUGGUGACGCCGAGGCCUGACCGGUGUUCAGAAGCUUUGGAUUUUCUUUUUCCCCAUGAAAAGCUGCUACGCGCAUUUCCUUCCAGCCCUCCCGAGGUGGGAGGGGUGCGCGUGCCCACGUGUGUGCGUUACGUGAGAGAGCGUGCACGCAGAAGGCUCGUGCCCCGGGGAGGGCGGGCUCCCUGCUUCUUGCACCCUGGGGGGGGGAGGGGUCACGCACCCCACGGGGCCCCGGGCUCUGUCACCAGGAGCCUCGGCAGCACGUGGCUGGCGAGUCUUCCUAGAGGCUGCCCGGCGCUGCCUGGCUCACCUGCGGCUGCAGGUGUUCCCCCUGGGGGGCAGGUGUCCCCGUCCCCUGUUCCUCCCGGGGACACCUGCACCCCGAAGCUCGGCCCGUGCGGGGCCGGAACCCAGUGCGUCCGUGUAUCCGUGUGUCCGUGUGUCCGUGUCCGCGUGGGCGCCUGCACGUUGCCCGUCGCCGCCCCGCCGUCCCGCUGUCCCGCUGCGUGCCGCUCUUGGGCGGAGGGGGCGGCCGGGCUGCGCGUGGCGGCAACCCAGUGGCUUCUUCUGACCCUCGUGCUUCGUCGGAGCCCGUGGGCCGCGGCGCCCGCGGGUCCCCAGGGAUCUUCUCCGUUUGCAUGUCCCUCGGGGUGGGCGGCCCUGGCGCGCCCAGCCCGGUGUGUGUCCCCUGCCUGCAUGGACUUCUCUGGUUCUGUGUUUCGUGCCGAGUGCCACCCAUUGUUCUGUGACCAUCCACGUCGCUUCUGGGGACGGCUGGGAAGGCCAGCCGUGGGUGGGGGGGGCUGGGGGAGGGUGGCGCCCCUCCCCCUCCUCCCCGCUCCCCAAACCCACCAAGAAGUACUUUCCUGUGUAGAAAGAGAACAGGCCUGAACAGCACCCAUGGGAGAGAGCGAGAGCUUGGAAACGCCCCCCUAGACCAGACCGCCCACCCUCACUGCAGCCGCCUGGGAGCUGCCGCGAGGCAAGGCCCAGAGCGGCCCGGUGCUCUCGGUCGGCACCUCCCACCAGCCCCCUCGACCUGCCCGCCCGGACCACCUGCCCAGAGGGCGCGGUGGGAGCUGCCCGCCCAGGACCACAAGCCAUCCUCUGCCCCAGCCCAAGAGGGCAGAGCACACCCAGACUCGAGGUCUAUGUCCCCCUCCGGCCCCUCCUCGGGCGCCCCCACGGCGCCGGGGGGCACAAGCUGACAUUUAGCUCCCCCCUCCCCCAACCGGAGCCUGUGCCAAGCCCCCUGACGCCCUCACUGUGUAAACACUUGGCAGUUUGCCGCCCCGAGAGAGGCAGGUGACAGAGCCACAGAUCUGACCCCCCGGUCCCCACCUCCUCCCGAUCUGAUUGACGCCCCCUCUUGCACUGAGCACCCCUGCCUCUCUCAGGUAAGCCAUUUUGUAAAACACGGAGAUGACACGCACUGUGGGGACAGUGUCGCUUCCGCCGAGCUGACCGCAGCUCCCGGCGCAGCCGGGGCGGGGGACGGCCGCCCACAGGCUCCCCCCCCCGCCCCACUUGAAUCGUAAGCCUUCUUGCUUUUGAUAACACGGUAUUAUUUCUCUUACUGUAGAAGAAAAAGUUUAUUACCAAACAAGAGUAUUUUUAUGAAAGAAUAGGACAAACCUAUAAAUUAACUCAACCCCUGUUUCCCUUGAAAAAAACUUUUCAGGCUCCGCCAAAACGUUGGACUGGAAGCGCCUAUUUUGGAAGAAAGAGAUGCAUUUUGUAUGCUUUCUUUUCCUUUUGUAGACUCCAGUUUAUUUUCUAGGAUCACUUUGUCACCAGCCCUGGGACCUGAGACCAAGGGGGGGUGUCUCGUGGGCAGCGAGGGGAGGGGAGAGGCUGGCCUGAGGUUUGCGGUCGGCCGUUCCGGCGAGCUCCGAGGAGGGCCGCCUGUUCUCGCAGGGGCGUCGGGACCAGGGUGUCCGUGGGCCGUGCGCGGCGGGCCCGGGGUCUCAGAGCUGGCUGCCCUGUCGGGGGGACGCGAGGAGGGCUGACGCAGGAGCUGGGGUUACGUGUGAUUGCCACCAGGGGUGGGACCCUGGGCGACCCUGCGGCACUGAGAUGUGGCCGGAAGCCGCCCCGGCUUCCUCCCCGAAAACACGGCAUGCGGGGGGGACCCGGCGGACGGCAGGACAUGCGCUGACUCCGUGCCCAGGCGACCCCGUGCUGCUGGUUGUAGGGGAACAAGUCAUUCGGGAGGGAAAAAAAAACAAAGCCCAAUUCUUAGAGUCCCGAUUUCGUCUUAGUUGCCAAAACCGGCGCCCCUGGCAAACAGUCUCGCCAUGGACGCGAGCCCCCAUGGUCGGCGGUGCCGCACUGUACAUACUGUAACAUACGGCAGGCGGUCGGCGUCUUCCUCCCUCAUUAUUUGCUAACCAAAGCCGAACACUUUUCAUACAACCUGCAGCCUUUCGGCCACCAAAUGGGUCAGAACCGUGGGACCUGCCACCUCCCAUCUGCGAUUCCGGAAAUGCACUAUUUCUACUGGUAUUCUUGCUUUCUUUCUCUUUUCCUUUUCUUGCUGAAACGACAUGAAUUGUUGAGUUUAUUUUUACACAGUAAAGAGUGAAGAAAGA